AUGAGGCCGCCGCCGCCGCAGGGCAGGGGAGCAGGCGGGGGUGGCGCGCUCGGCCGUCGCGCGUUCGCGUCCCUCCUCGCGGCGGCCGUCGUCGCGCUGGCGCUUCUCUGCCUCUUCUACGGCGCAGCCUUCGCCCCCUCCAUCCGCCGCGCGCACCCUCGCCUUCCCCUCUGGCUGCGGUUCCGGGCCCAGGGGACGGAAGCGCUCCCGGCGGACCUCGUCGUCUCCUUCAUCCCGGUGUGCGACGCGCGGCACUCGGAGCUGAUCCCGUGCUUGGACCGGCGCCUCCACUACCAGCUCCGGCUCCGGCUCAACCUCUCCCUCAUGGAGCACUACGAGCGCCACUGCCCACCGGCGCCGCGCCGCCUCAACUGCCUCAUCCCACCGCCCGUCGGAUACCAGGACAUUUGGCAUUCUAGAGUAAUUCAAUAUUGGAAGCACAUGAAGUCUGAGAUACGAAAGGAUUCCUUUAGAAAUGUUAUGGAUAUGAGUACUAACCUUGGAGGAUUUGCAGCAUCUCUGAAGAAAAAGGAUGUCUGGGUAAUGAAUGUAGUUCCUUUCACGGAAUCUGGAAAGCUGAAGGUUAUAUACGAUCGUGGUUUAAUGGGGACUACCCACGAUUGGUGUGAAUCAUUCUCCACAUACCCGCGCACCUACGACCUCCUUCACGCCUGGCUCCUAUUUUCUGAGAUAGAGAAGCAGGGAUGUAGCCUGGAGGAUCUUCUGAUUGAGAUGGACCGCAUCCUGAGGCCUUAUGGGUACGCCAUCAUCAGAGACAAAGCUGCUGUCGUUAACUACAUCAAGAAGCUUUUACCAGCGCUAAGGUGGAUGACUGGACAUUUGAGGUGA